AUGGGUAAAAGGAUGGCUUAUCACAAAGUCAGUGCAGACCAGAAGGCUCAGUACCUCGACAACGAGGACCUUCAAGCAACCACGCUUGAACUGGAAUGGGACAUGGAGAAAGAACUGGAAGAGCUGAACUAUGAACAUUUCCAGUUGGAUGGGACGGUCUGUCAACAAGUGGGGACUAUGCAAAACACGGACGUUGACCUGGAGCCCAUUCAGCCCUCAGCGUCUCCUAAAGGAAGGUUCCAGAGGCUUCAAGAAGACCCGGAUUACGUCUCCCAUUAUACAAGGCCUCCACCAAAGAGCAGUCGCUACAGCUUUUGCCGGAUGUUGAAGCUUUUUUGCAGUGCUUUGUGUUUAUUACUUUCAGGGAUUUUGAUAGGUUAUUACGGACAUGAAAAAUGCCUUCCUUCCCUGGCGUCUCCAGAACCAAGCUAUCCUCACCUCGACCGGGACAUUCUUGAAGAAAUCAAAGCGAAAGAUCUUGCACAGAUUUUCAGAGACUUGAUAGAGUCGCCGACAAAAGACGAUGGAGAGAUUGCCACCAAGCUCUUUGUUCAGUGGUCAUCCUUUGGCCUUGAAGAUGUCCAGCUCGUAAAUUACUCUGUCCUGCUUGACCUGCCGGGCUCUUCUCCAAAUACAGUGACUCUGAAAAACACGAGCGAAUGUUUUUUUCCUAGUGGACAGCUGUGUAACGAAGAGACUCAAGAGCUUCAUGGUCAAGACCUUCUCUACUCCUAUGCUGCUUACUCUGCCAAAGGAACUCUCACGGCUGAAGUGGUGGAUGUGCAGUAUGGGACUGUGGAAGAUUUGCUCAGGAUUCCGGACAUCACCAACAUCACCCACAAAAUCGCCCUUUUGAAACUAGGACAUCUUCCUUUGCUCUAUAAG